AUGAAUGCCGCACACUACGUCAUCAGCAUCGUGUCUCAUAGAGAGCUCGGCAGCCUGUGGCAACGUCGCUGUCCGGACGCCGUCGGGCGCGGAGGUGCCACCAUGGAGCUCCCGGCUGGCCUGCAGUUCGUGGGCCAGCCGUGGACGGUCUCCUUCAACGCCUCCCUGGAGCCGGACGUGGUGGUCACCACGAUGCACAACCCGCCGUUCGUGCUGAUCCAGCGGCUAGCCAACGGGACGUUCCUCUACGACGGCUAUCUGGUGCAGCUGUGGGAGCUGAUAGCUGCCGAGCUCGGUCUGAGAUAUCGCAUCGAGCCGCUGCUGUCUGGAGGGUUCGGCUCGGUUGGUGAGAACGGCACCUGGUCCGGCAUGGUCGGGGAGCUCGCCUACGGGCGCGCCGAUGUGGCGGUGACGGCUAUCUACCUACGUCAGGACCGUGCCUCUGUGAUCGACUACCUGGACUCGGUGGCCGUCGCCAGAUCGUACAGCACGUUCUACGUGCGGGCGGGAAAGGACGAGGGUCUGCCGCCGGUGACGGCCGAGCUGUUCGGCUCGCUCCUGCAGCCGCUACAUGGCAGCGUGUGGUGGGCAGUGCUCGUCUCGCUCCUGGUGCUGGCACUUGUACUCCGCAUCGCUCUCUUCUUUGGUCUCUCUGACCGCGUUCAAAGAACGACGAACAUCUCCUCGAGGAGCGCUGGCCGUAAGAGAGAGUCUAGCGGAGAGCUGACCCAAGGACCAGUGGUUGACAUGGGUCUCGGCUCGUGCCUUCUCUUCUCCUUCACAUCAUUCGUCGGCCAGGGCUGGCCCGACCUGCCGCUGGGCACCCCAGCGCGGCUGGUAGCCGCCUCGUGCUGGGCACUGCGCACCAUCAUCUACACCAGCUACACGGCCAACCUGAUCUCCCACAUGGUGGUGCACUCGGUGGCGCUGCCGAUCAGGAGUCUCAAGGAGUUCGCCGAGCAGCCCGGCUGGAGACUCGCCAUCCAGCCCGGUCAUGCCAUCCUCAACGACUGGAGACGCAGCCGAGACCCGUACGAGCGGGAGCUCUACCGGCGCUCCGUCACCCGGCAGGGCUUCAUCGAGAUCAACUUCAAGGGGGACAGUGUCUUCGAGCUCGUUCAGCCCAAGGUGAUGACGUUUGUCAACUUUGACAAGGUGGUGUUUGCGCUGGGCCCGGAGGUGUGUCAUCUGGUACCGAUACCCGGUCUGACCGUCAAAUCUAAAGACCUCUUCAUGGGUAUCUCCAAGCGCCGCCCUGCGCUUCGCCGCGCUAUCAACGACAUCUUGCUGAAGAUGAAGGAGACUGGGAUGCUGGCAGAGCUCAAAGCCCGCUGGAUCAAGUCCAAGGAUGAGAUGUGCGUGAUGAAGUCAGAGUACCAGCAGAUGUCUCUGGGAGAUAUGUUCGUCGUGCUGAUCAUCCUGCCGGUGGCGAUGGUGGCGUGUGCGGGGAUCUGCCUCAUCGAGUGGGGCUGGUUCAGGUUCUCCCAGUCAGGGAUGUACUCGAAGAUUAUCGGGAAGAUGUCCGAUUCCUUACUCGCGGUGGCGUUCCUGAAGUCCAGGCGCACGGAGAUUCGUGGUAAAUGAGACGAGUUGUUGAUUUUCUGAGGAGGACGAGUGGUGUGGGCACAUAUUUUAUCCUACGGUGAACAUAUUUUCGCUCAGUGAUUCUAGGUUAUUACUAGGUCACCAAUGCUUGCAUAAGUAAUCCUUAGUUUUGAAGUGAUAAAGCAUGAAAUACACAAGCUUCCUUCACUAUA